AUGCUUGCCUCCCUUAUACGCCCCAAGAAGCGGCGAGUCUAUGCGGAACGAUCUCCAUUCUCAUCACCGUACACGACUCGGGAUUCGCCAUGGCCUUUUUUCCAGGACAAUCCACCCCAAGGGGGCCCUGGACCAGGCUACGAAGAUUUUAACGGAUACAGCGGUAUCCAGGAGGAACCUGACGCAAUACCUGGAGAGGAUGAAAGCGAUGGAGACGAUGAUGGGCCUGCCGAGUCCACACCUCUGCUUCCGAUAUUCUCUGCCUCGCAUCUAGACACUUUGCCGGUUUAUGACAUCACUCAUGCCAUACGUCCUUUAAUCGUUUCUCGCUGCGAAACCACCCUGACUUGGGACCAAUUGCGGUCUCCUCAGAUCUCUCAAUUCCUGGUCAAGCCUAUUCAGCAGAAGAUACGAGCAUUGCAUUUCUCCAGGGCUACAUUGUACGCUCUGAUAACGAACUGUCUCCAAUUCACGAAGGAGGUCCACCUGAAUCCGGGGAAUAGCGGCGUAAGCCAGACUAGGGCCAUGGUGGGCGAGCUUCUCGCCAUCAAGUUGCUGAGAGAAUAUACGACGCGAGAACUAAUCGACGCGUUGUCCUAUGAGUUCUAUCCGCUCAACGGCCAAACGCCAACCGUCACUGCAAGCUCCGAGCGGGCCCCUGGCUGGUAUUCUGCCCAGGGAAGCAAGCGGCCGGCUAUCGCUCGUAUCUCCUGCCUUGAGGUGGCCAUCCGUGCUCAGGCGAAGAGGUUCUUGUCGCAUCCCCUUGUGGUACAACAACUCGAAGCGAUAUGGGCUGGCACAAUCGUGUUUCAUUCAGCCGCUGACAACCUCCAUCGCUCGCCAGCUCAAACUCAGAGCAAUGGACGACCACAAUACGGUACAACUCUCGACCCAUCUUCGGCCGGUGCGUCACAUUCUCAGAUGCAGUCUAAGCUCUCUGGGCAUCGACGCUCGGUCACCAUCUAUGAUCCAAGAGAUGCCUCAUUGUUCAAACUCUCUCGGCUACGAGUACCUCGAUACAGACAGUUCUUGUCAACUCUGUCCUUCGCAGUUCUGCUAGGAUUAUUCCUAGCUGUUCUAAAUCAGCGUAGCCUCGAGAUCACCCCGUUGGAAAUUAUUUUCUGGCUUUGGAGCGCCGGAUUUAUGCUCGAUGAGAUUGUCGGUUUCAACGAACAAGGGUUCAGUUUAUAUCUCAUGAGCUUCUGGAACCUGUUUGAUCUCGGAAUUCUGUUUCUUCUUUGCUGCUAUUAUUGCAUGAGGCUUUAUGGCGCUGUUUUGCCCUACACCCGCAAUCAGGGUGUUGCAGACCAAGCGUAUGACAUCUUGGCCGCAAAUGCAGUCCUUCUAUUUCCCCGACUUUUCUCCGUUCUUGACCAUUACAGAUACUUUUCCCAAUUGCUCAUCGCUUUCAGGAUCAUGGCUUCUGAUCUGAUUGCGGUAUUUCUAUUGAUUAUCAUCGCCUGCAGCGGGUUUUUCGUCGCGUUCACACAGGCCUUUGGCAGCGGUGAAGAUCACUCUCCUGGUGCUGUUGCAUAUGCCUUAUUCCAGAUGCUGAUGGGAUUCACCCCAACGGCAUGGGGCCUCUGGGAUGAUUAUAAUACAUUGGGCAAGGUCAUCUUGACGGUGUUCUUGUUUAUUUGUCAUUUCGUUGUCGUCACCAUCCUUAUCACGGUCCUGACCAACUCCUUCAUGAAAAUCGUGCAAAAUGCCAACCAGGAACACCAGUUUCUCUUUGCUGUCAACACGAUCUCCAUGGUCAAAUCAGAUGCCCUCUUCUCCUAUGUCGCGCCGACUAAUAUCUUUGCUUGGAUAAUCACUCCGCUUCGUUAUUUCAUCCCUUUCCGAAAAUUUGUUCGGAUCAACCGGACGAUCAUCAAGAUUACCCACCUACCAAUCCUAUUUACGAUCUGUUUCUAUGAGAAGGCAGUCCUGAGCUCUCAGGUGAUCGAUUCUAGCGACCUUUUAGAGUCGACAUCUCGGUCUGAAUCAGCAGGUCGUUACCGGGCCCGUAAUCGCCGAUUUAGAGCCUUCAGCUCCCAAGCUCAUCGCUUCGUUCGAGAACCAUCAGUGGCAACGUAUCAAAAGGAUCGUGCUUUGGACGAGGUAUUCCGACGGCCAUUCCAUGACGCAACAUCUCGAGGGCCCGGCGCAAAUCUCAAUCGAAGAGAAAGCCACAGCGCUGUCAAUAAAUGGAUGCAGACUAUGGGAUUGGGCCCUGUUAACCCCCCUGAUGAGCAAGACUCGGAGGAGGUUGAGCGCCUAGAGCGAUCUCCAAGAGGUCGAUCAGGCUUUCAGCGGAGGCUUACCAGGAGCUUACGCGAUUUGACAGAAUCGAAUCGCUCCGCUACCUCCGACCCUGACCAUACUCAUCAGGUGGCAUCUUCACCUGCGAGUCCACGUAAUGGCAGGGCCCAUCUAACCCCGAUGAGGACAAGGCAGCUUUCGCGGCAUACGGGCAUGGAAGGUGACGAUGAACUUACGAGUGAUGACAACGACGGAUGGCCUGAAGAACAGCGGCUUGAUCCAAGGCAUUCCGAGGACGAUAUCCCUAGGAUUAUCAAACAAAGCCCAGUCAAUACACCGCCUAAGUUUUUCAGCUCUCGGCCGUCAACUGCUCGACUCAAGUCCCGCAAGACCAGUCCCGCCCGGCGGAUCAAGUACCACACGCGGAACUACUCAGGCGUUACUAUGCUGUACAACCCAAUUUCGUCGGAUAGUAACCAUGAGGAAGCUCCACCUUCACUAAGACCUUUACGGCCAAGAGCUGAGACCCCUGUCCAUGCAGGAGGUGUGAAAGUCUCCACUUCUGCUGACCAGUGGACGCUGAGAAGACAUAGUACAGAGGGUGGCAGACUUAGAAACGUGACCAUGACCCGGUCUGAUCCAAUGUCUGUCCCCGAUCUGGGUGGCUUUUCGGUGCCUGACUCUCACUUCCAGAGGCGUCGUCAAGCGUCCAUUCUGGAUGGCUUGGGCUCGGACUUGGGAGACAACAAGGCGAUUACGAAUGGCUUCCUAGGCGGCGUUCCGUCGAGCCUGACCACUCAAAUUGCUUAUGCCACAGGCAAUAUCCGACGCCCUGAAAGCCCGGGCAGCAGUCAGGAUAUGCUUAGCAAGCUUGUGCUGGCUCGCAUGAACAAUAUCGAGGAGGGCUUCCGGGAGGUGAUUAAAGAAGUCAAGGACCUCCGGCGCGGAGGGACUAGCCGGAGCCAAAGCCAAAUUGAUGAGCAAGGGAACGUCCAACGCGAGAACAAGCGACGCGCAGAGAAGAAGGAGUCGAAAAAGGACGCUCAGGGGUCUCGGAAGAGCAAGACGAGCAGCGAAGGGCAAUGGUCGGACGUACCCCCGGCCGAGCCUAGGGAGAAGACCACGUAG